UGGCCGUGAUGUGGAGUACUUUUCUUUGAUGUAGCGUUAUCUUGUCGUCUAUUAUUAUUAUUUACGUGCAUUGUUUACGGAAAUAAAAGUUUCAUGUGACUGGUGCUUCGAAAAAGUUAAAGACUGUCUUGGUUUAUUAGAGUCUCUAUUGUGAAAAUAAAUAAAGUAUAAUUAAAUUUCGUUUCUAUAAGCGCCUAUUUGCACUUAAUUGACAACGAAAUACGAUUGUGAUUUUAUUGUAUUGAAAAUAUUUAGGUGUUGUAAAUAAACGAAGCUUGAAGUUAUCAUAGAGAAGCCAAGAAAAUUCGUGUUGCUUUUUCUUAAUAAAGAAGAAAAGCUGAUACGAAAUUGAAUGUAAUCUCUACAAUCUCGAGGAGGCAACGUUCCCGCGGCGUCUCCAUUUUGCAUUAAAACAAGACUGAUAUUAAUGAUAGUUUAGAAUACAUUCCAAAACAUGAGAAUAUUCCUGUAGAUAGAUAAAUAAAAGAAUCAAGAUGUUUCAAUUAUUAGGUGGAUUGAGGGUGUAUUUCCAGUACCAACCGAUAAGGACUGACAAUGCCGUGUUCAGACUGCACAAUGUGUUCACAACGGUGUUAUUACUGACGUGCUCAAUGAUAAUUACCGCAUCGCAGUACGUAGGAAAGCCUAUAAUGUGCAUCGUUAAUGGAAUACCGGCGAAUGUGGUCAAUACGUUCUGUUGGAUCACGUCAACGUUCACAAUGCCAGAUGCUUUCGCAAGAGAGGUCGGUAAAGAAGUAGCGCAUCCAGGAGUCGGACCAGACUUUGAAGGAACGGAGAAGAAAUACUACACCUACUAUCAGUGGGUUUGUUUCGUAUUGUUUUUUCAGGCAAUAAUGUGCUACACGCCCAAGUUUCUAUGGGACGCAUUCGAAGGUGGGCUGCUCAGGACCAUCGUGAUGGGACUCAACAUCGGGGUUUGCCACCAAGAUGAGAAGGAAAAGAAGAAAGACGUCAUCAUUGAUUAUCUCCUUCGGCACGAGAGAACGCACAAGCUGUACGCCUUCCGUUAUUGGGGCUGCGAGUUACUAUGUCUCGUGAAUAUCAUUCUGCAAAUGUGGAUGAUGGAUAACUUCUUCAACGGGGAGUUUAUGUCGUACGGCACCAGGGUUUUGGGGUACAGCGAAGUCCCGCAGGAAGAAAGAUACGAUCCGAUGAUAUACGUGUUCCCUCGCAUGACUAAAUGCACGUUUCACAAGUUCGGCGCGUCCGGCAGCAUACAGACCCACGACAGUCUCUGCGUCCUCCCGCUGAACAUCGUCAACGAGAAGACGUACAUCUUCCUCUGGUUCUGGUACAUCAUAUUGGCGGUCGUUCUCACUCUGCUCGUCAUGUACAGACUGGUCAUAAUCUUCAUGCCGGCGGUGAGGCCACGGUUGCUGCACGCGAGGUCCCGGACCUUGUCUCUGGAGACGGCGGUGGCGGUCUCGCGCCGGACCGACCUGGGAGACUGGUGGCUGCUGUACAUGCUCGCCAGGAACAUGGACCCUCUCAUAUACAGGGAGCUGAUGAUAGACUUAGUUAAGCGUAUGGGAGAGAAGAUCCCGCCCAGGGCGUGACGGCGAGCGAGGACGCGGCGCGGCGCCCCCCCGACCGCUCCCCCCACCGCCCCCCCGACCGUCGCCGUCAUCGGCGCUCGACACUAGCGCCAUCUAGAACUGCUGUACGACAACUACAUUCUAAUUGUGAAAUACAAUAACGGGAGACGUGAAAGUGCUCGCAGAUUGUGCGCAAGUCGCUCUCAUUGUUAUUGACUUGACAAAAAAAACAAUAUUAUUCCAUCUUUCCGUUAUUGCAUUAUGCAAUUACCAAACCAUUAUUUAAAUAAGACAGUUGUUUAUUGUAGCCACCGCGGUAUACUAAAAUUGUUUUUUUUUUUUAAAUGGAUUCGUAUGAAAAGUUUUUAGAAGUCGAUCUAUCAAAUUGUAUGUUAAAUUUUGUUUUGUUUAUCGAAGAAAUAAUCUAUUCGGAACUUCGAUUCUGAGAGGCAGCAUUUAUAAGGCGAAACUGUAUGUAGACUCAUUGUUUUAUUGAGACGCCUUCCGAGGUGGUAGCGUUGUGCCCGAUCGGUGUGCUCAGUGUGAGUAUCUUAACGUUCUCGAUAGCGUAAAAGUUAACUCAAAUUUGUAUGCAGUUGGAACAGCGCCCCUACCGGCAAACGUACGCAAACAGUCCCAUUCUAUACAAAUGUAAGUUAACUUUUACGCUAUCGAGAAUGUUAAAAAACUCGCCCUAAGCACACUGGUAUUUUAUACCUCUCGUUGGGGGAACGAAGUCAUUGACCGUCCGUUGAUAAGUUGGUACUGGUACUCAAUAAGCAUGCCUUUAAUUAAAAUUUUUCUGACGAGAACCAUUUAUAAAUACUAAACGAUUGGUCUGAAAUCACUUUGCAACUUCCCAAAGAAGCGUCUCAAUUGUGAGGCCCGGACUAGGGAUCCGGACAGCAAUAAGCAUUUGAGACGAUGAAGCAUAAACUGCACAACACUUGACUGAAAAUAAUCGGGACCAAAAUGCACGAUUGGCUAAUCACACAAGCCCUACACACAUAUGACGUCACGCAAUAUGAUUAGUAUCAAUAUCGACUUGUGAAAGUAUUGCAAUUAUGUUCAGUGAUUUGAAUUAAUUUCUCAUUAGAAUUGGCGUCUAGUGACUAGGAUCAAGUGAUUUGAUGAUCUUAUAUAUACCUUUUGGAUUGUUUUGUUAUUGUUGUCCGUUUGCCUAUUGUGCUAUAUAUUAUUUGCUGCCCAUGCAAAACCGACGUCACGAUCCCGCUCAAAUAUAUGAAUUUUAUAAUUAUUUUAACGUAACCAAUAGUUUUUGUUAAGAAAGACACUUUUUUAUACGUCAUUAACUUCUUUUUUUUUUUUUUUGAUAGGAUAUUGUCACAACAAUAGCUAUAAGAUUCAAGAACGAUAUUUAUAAAGUUAUAAGUGUGAUCAAAGAGUUUUUUAUGCGGUUAAAGACUUAGGUUAACGAUGACAACUUUUAUAGCUUUGAGUUAAAC